CAGACCACUCCAAGCAUUACUAUCCUGCGCUCCCUGCGGUAUCAGCAUGGCUGCAGAAACCCCUGUCGAAGAGCUGGUCAAAAGACCCUUAUAUGUGUACGAUCUUCCGCGAGAACUCCUCUCGACUCUGACCACAAAGUUCGACAAUCAACCUACACCAGUGGAUGACGUCCCUGAGCUCACUCCAGAGAAGUCCGAGGAACAAGUUUUGGAUCAUACAGUUGCCACGACCACUAGUUGCGCCCUCUGCAAGGUAUCAUUUCUGAACGUGCAGGAGCAACGGAUCCAUGUUCGCUCAGAUCAUCAUAGAUACAAUCUGAAGGCGCAGCUCAGAGGCGGACCCACCUUGGAUGAAUCCCAGUUUGCGAAAGCCAUUGGAGAGCUCGAUGAGUCCAUAUCUGGGUCCGAAUCGUCAGAAGCGGAGGACGAGGAAGAGGAUGGACAGCUCUCAGCCUUAUUGAAGAAGCAGGCCAAGAUAUCUCAAACGACAGAUGAGAUAGACACCCCAUCCAACAAGCAGGGUUCCGGCAGGCCUCCUUUGUUUUGGCUCUCUAGCUCACUCCUGCCUUCCAAUAUGUCCUUGGGUGUUUACCGGGCCCUGUUUUCGAGCGCCGAACAAGAUGAGCCCAGGCAUCUUGUCGACUCCCUACGGAAGAAGCAACUUGCGCCUGUCGCCCCACCGAGAUCCAACGGAAAUGCUCAAGAGAAACCGGUGUCGCCCAGCCCUCAUGUUUUCAUGUGCAUGAUCGGCGGUGGUCACUUCGCAGCAAUGCUGGUUUCGCUGGCUCCUGAAAUUCAUCGGAGGCAGGGUGGCAUUGAGGAUAGACAGGCUCGGGUGAUUGCGCACAAAACGUUCCAUCGUUAUACGACCCGGCGAAAGCAAGGAGGCUCGCAGUCGGCCAAUGAUGCCGCCAAAGGCGCCGCGCACUCAGCAGGCUCCAGUCUGAGACGAUACAAUGAAGCUGCAUUAGAAAAGGAGAUUAGAGAGUUGUUGGCGGAUUGGAAGCAAAUGAUUGAUGAGGCUGAGCUACUGUUCGUUCGUGCUACAGGCAGUACGAACCGUAGAAUCCUCUUCAGCCAGUACGAGGGACAGGUUCUCAAGCAGAAUGACCCGAGAUUGAGAGGGUUCCCGUUCAGCACCCGUCGGGCUACUCAGGGUGAGCUUAUGCGCUGCUUCAAGGAGCUCACCCGGGUGAAGGUGAGCCAAAUCGAUGAAGCUGCGCUGGCUGCUGCAGAAGCGAAGCAACGCGAAAAUGUGUCCAAGCCGUCAACACCACGGCCUCAACCACAGAAACCGAAGGUUUCCAAAGAAGACGAAGCUGCUAUGCUUCAUACGACUCAGAUACAGGCUCUCAUUCGGCGUUCUAAGAUUCCGGCAUUGAUGACUUAUCUGUCCAAGAACUCAAUCUCACCGUCUUUUACCUUUCGACCAGUUGACUCUCAGCAAAACUUCCGGUGUCCUACCCCGCUUCACUUCGCCGCCAACCUCAACUCUUCAUCCAUGGUUUCAGCCCUUCUGACCAAGGCCGAAGCAGAUCCCACCGCGGUCAACGGCGAAGGGAGGACCCCUUUCGAGCUUGCCGGGGAUCGUGCAACGCGUGACGCCUUCCGCGUUGCGCGUCAUGAGCUAGGUGAGUCCAAGUGGAACUGGGAAGCUACCAAUGUGCCAUCUCCGAUCUCUCGAGAUGACGCCAACAGCCGCUCCGAGAGGGAGCGGAAGACGGCCGAGGAAGAGGAGAGCAGUCGACGUAAAGCUGAAAUGGAUCGCUUGAGAAAAGAAGAGGCUGCAAAUGCAGCACAACGUCUAUCCAAGAAACCAGUCGGUCGAACGUUGGGUUCUGUUGAAAAGACGGCUUCUGAGAAAAGAGAGGAAGAGAUGCGAGGAAUGACACCGGAGAUGAGAAUGCGGUUGGAGAGAGAGCGCCGCGCCCGAGCAGCCGAGGAACGCUUUCGACGGAUGCAAGGAAAGUGAUGGGGCAUAUACGUCCUUCGGAAUAGCUGGUUAGAUUGCAGUGUCGAAGGGGCAUAUAUAAUCUUACGAAUAGAGACGACUUCACCAUGAUUUUUGGCAGCUUCCCCUGAUUUAACAACUGCGACGAUACAUAUGCCUCGUAUGCUACUCAUACUACUAUUGCAAUUAGACGUGAGGAAAACACAGGGUGGUUGCUGCUGCUCUAAAUACCAUCAGGCAAUGCAGGCAGGCAGGCACCUGACCCGUCGCGGCUGAAGCAGUCCCCAACCAUCUUCAGCUUGC